UGGGGCGACAACGACGACGAUUGCCGACUACUUCGGGCAGGUCGGCGGCCGCCGAGCCGACUCCGGGCUCCCCUCCCACCCACGCCUUUAUUACGCGCGGCCCGUGCGGCGGCCGCCUCCUCGGCAGGGCCCCGCCUCGCUCGCCGGAGGGGCGGGGGCUGCUGCGUGGUGGACGGAGGAGGAGGAGGAGGAGAGGAGGUAGCGGAGCAGCAGCAGCAGCCGCCGUAGCAGUCGCCGCCGCAGCAGGCGCUCAGUCCGCCGCCCGCCCGCCCGUUUCUCCGACUGCGUGCCGGGCCAAGGAGUGGGAAGGAAAGAGGCGGCAGCGGCGGCGGCCAUCGAGGCAGGCAGGCGGCCAGAGGCGGCCCAGCGCGGGAGCCCCCCGCUCCUCCCUCCCCGCCGUCGCCCCCUUCCCUCCCCGCUUGCCGCUGCCGCCGCCGCUGCUGCUUCUCUCUCCGCGGCUCCGUCUCGCCCGCCCGCCAUUAGCGCGGGGAGCCGGUGGUUGCGCCGCCGCUGGGGCUGGGCCGGGCGGAGCGGAGGAAGAGGAGGAGGAGGAGGAGGACCCGGGCCCCCGCCGCCCCCAGCCCCGCGGGCGCUCGAGGCAGGCCGGGUCCCCGUUUGAUGGAUUCCCGGAUCGCCUGGUUCCAGCCAGAGCAGCUCGGCCCCUCGAACCGCCUGUGGAUGCAGAUCUGGGAGACCACGCAAGGGGUCCGCAAUCUCUACUUCCAGCAGCAGCAGCAGCAGCAGCAGCACCAGCAAGCCGCCUCGGCUCCGCCGCCGCCGGCCGCCCACCACCCCGCCGCCGCCGCCAGCAGCAGCAGCAGCCGCCACCCGACCCCCGGCGCCGGCCCAGCCUCGCCGCCCGGCAUGUCCCGCGGCCCGCGCAGCAGCAGCGACCCCCAGCCCGACUUCCUGCCGCUGGAGAGCGCCAGCCACCCGCACAGCAGCAGCAGCAGCAGCAGCCACCAUCACCACCACCCCCGGCGGCAGGCCUCGCCGCCCCCCGCCGCCGCUCGGCAGGGCACCCGGGCAGCAGCGGCAGCAGCCCCGCCGCCUGCCGCCGCCUCGCUCUCCGCCUCGUCCCUGGUCCCGGCGGCUUCGUCGCCCUCCGCCAGCCCUUCUUCGGCCGCCGCCGCCGCCAGUAGCAACAACAAGAGGAAGCGCGACAACAAGGCCAGCACCUUCGGGUUCAACUACAGCCUCUUGUUGGGCCCCGCCGGCGAAAGCGGCGUCCCGGCGCCGGGAGACGGGCCGCUGGGGAGGCCGCAAGCCGGGCCGGAGGAGCCCGCCUACACCGGCACCCCCUGGAAGAAGAGCAACUACAACCAAGGCGUGGUGGGGCUUCAUGAAGAGAUCAUUGAUUUCUACAAGUAUAUGUCUCCCAGACCUGAAGAAGAGAGAAUGCGAAUGGAAGUAGUAAAUAGGAUAGAAAACGUUAUAAAGGAACUCUGGCCGAAUGCCGAUGUGCAGAUAUUUGGAAGUUUUAAGACUGGCUUAUAUUUACCUACGAGUGAUAUCGACUUAGUUGUGUUUGGAAAAUGGGAGUCACUGCCUCUCUGGACCCUGGAAGAGGCUCUCAGAAAGCACAAUGUAGCAGAUAAAGGAUCAGUAAAGGUUUUAGACAAAGCAACUGUACCUAUUAUUAAACUGACUGAUUCCUUCACUGAAGUAAAAGUUGAUAUCAGCUUCAACGUACAGAACGGGGUAAAAGCUGCUCAUCUCAUCAGAGAUUUUAUCAAGAAAUAUCCUGUAUUGCCAUAUCUAGUUUUAGUAUUGAAACAGUUCUUGCUGCAGAGAGAUCUCAAUGAAGUAUUCACAGGUGGAAUUGGUUCUUAUAGUCUUUUUUUAAUGGCUGUCAGCUUCCUCCAGUUGCAUCCCAGGGAAGAUGCCUGCACCCGCAAUGCCAACUAUGGUGUUCUUUUAAUAGAAUUUUUUGAAUUGUAUGGACGUCAUUUCAACUACCUGAAAACAGGCAUCCGGAUAAAGGAUGGCGGUUCCUACGUAGCCAAGGAUGAAGUGCAGAAGAAUAUGCUGGAUGGCUAUAGGCCAUCAAUGCUCUAUAUCGAAGACCCCCUACAACCAGGCAAUGAUGUUGGGAGGAGUUCCUAUGGUGCCAUGCAAGUAAAACAAGCCUUUGAUUAUGCAUAUGUCGUCUUGAGCCAUGCGGUGUCGCCAAUAGCUAAAUAUUACCCCAACAAUGAAAGUGAAAGCAUAUUAGGAAGAAUAAUCAGAGUCACGCAAGAAGUGGCGACGUAUAGAGACUGGAUAUCAAAGCAGUGGGGAAUACAGAACAGCACAGAGACGUCAUGCAACGGUAAUGGGGUGACCUUGAUAGUAGAUAACCAACAGCUGGACAAAUGCAACAAUAAUCUUUCUGAGGAGAGUGAAUCGCUAGGGAAACCUAGGAGUAAAACCUCAGAGACACCAAGCAAACACUCAUCAAACUCUUCAUCGGGGCCCCUGUCGUCGUCGUCAUCUACGCUUUCAAGCUCCAGCGAUGUAGAGUCUGAUGGAACACCAUGCAAAACCUCUAAACAGCUGAGCUGCCGCCAGCCUACAGCAAACAGAAUGGCAACUCAGGACAUAUCCCUGGGAUCCACACAGUCAAGUGGGAAAAUACCAAGCAGCCAAACAGUGAACACAUCCGGUGUGGCAAACAAAUCCCAGCAUGGGUCCACGAGGCUAUUCCGCACUUCUUCCAACAAAGGCUUCCAAGCUCCCGCGAACUCAAGCCAUGGUGCCUCGGUGACAAACAAACAGCACCCAGGAGCCAAGUCGCAUCAGUAUUUCCAUGGCAAAAAGAGGAAACACAAGAGGGACGUGGUCCUGUCAGACCUUUGUAGAUAGUUUUUCUAUCUGACACUCGGCUGUUCUUCUGUGCGCAAGGGUCUUGCGCUAUGGGAAUAAGUUGGACAGUGACUCUCCAGACCUCGUCUCGAGUCUCAAGACUGUUGAAACGUUGAUUAGCAAUGCGUUUUAGCUUUUUCCAGCUUGCCACGGAACAGAUCAUGAAGAAUAUGUGCAAAAAACAGGGGGGAGUGGGGGAGGGAGAAGGCAGCGGUUGUUCAUUUGACCAGACAUGCUACAACAGGGUCGUUUUAGGAUAUAAAAGCUUGAAUGUAAAAAAUAAAUAUCUCCCUUCAGCUUUUAUGCUGACUUAUAGGGGUGUAGUAUUCAGUGUAUUUAAGGGGUUGGGGAAUGAAAUAAAGCAAAGCAGAGGAUAAACGGGGAGGGGGAAGAGAAGGAAUGUAUUUUGAGAGAAACCCAAACUUCAAAAGAGAGUAAAUUCACGCACGGUUUUUUAAUUAUUUUUGCAUAUAUGUACCAUUUUAUUGUGUAUCUAUAGAUGACCAUAUAGGAAAAUUUACCUUUGUAAUAGUGGAUUUGUUAAUACUUUUUUCAUAACACUACCAUUCAAAUUGUAGAAAUGGUUUCCCUCCCGCCUUUCCCCUCAGGAUUCGAUUUUUUUUUAAAAAAAGAAAACCUGAAUUGUCAACUUAGCAAGUAAACAUGGCUUAGAAUACUGUGUGUUCCCUUUUUAGCAUUCAGAUAAUUUAAUAGCACAUUAAUGAGACUGCACAAGUUGCUUCUCUGAAGGUGGGGCGGAGUUAGACACGGGGCAAAUGUGCCAGCACACUUAUAAACACACUUAUCUAAGUGUUUAUAAAAGUGUACAAAUGCAUUCUGUGUCAACCCUGACUCUGUAUUUCUCUCAUGGGGGGCUGGGGGUGAGGACUGAAUGUUUAUCUUGUUUCUGAAGUGCCAUCAUCUCAGGCAGUGGGCUAUUCCAGGUUAGGUUUCAUCAAAAGUGUGUGUCUCUCUCUCUCUCUCUUUUGUAUUUGAUAGGAAACAGAAAUGUUAGGGAGGGGCCUUUGUUCUGUUUUACUGCAUUAAACAGAAACAAAUUGACCGUGGGUGAUAUCUGCAUUUUGGGACCUCUUAAAUCCUAUGCCUUUUUUUGGUGUGUGCCUUUCUGUCCCAACCCUAACCCCUUUCCCCCCCCACUCCUAUCUCCCGCAACUUUGUAUCCCCCCCCUUUUUUUUAAACUUAAAAAAGAAAUUGAACUGUUACGGUGGCUGAACAUUUUUACCACGUGCUAUCUCCUUUUCUUCUAGAUAUUUUUAAUCCACCCUUACAAGAAUUAAAAACAGUGUUGAAUAAUGGAAAUAAAUUUGUAUUGCUGUUGAAAGAGCUUGAAGCCUUUCCUAUCCCAGAAUUUCUGUGCUGAACUGUUGACUCUUUCUUCCCCGACCCCCAUCUCUCCUAAGGUGUUUGAACAUUUUCCUAGCUCAGCCAUGCUGUGAAUUAUCAGACUGAAGAUAAGUUUAAUGCUAUGGAUGCAGAUGGAAUGUGUAGAUUAGUCACUUGCAUCGUUUGCAGCGGUGGGGGGGGGAGAUUCGAGCACUUUAAUUGAUAGAAUGUAAAGUGACAUUUACUGUAACAUUUUUCUUUGAAGAGGAAAGUGUGUGCGUGCGGGCGUGUGUGUAUGUCCCCAGUGCAUAAGACUGCGUUCAGUGUAUCCAGUCUGGAGAAUGAUGAUGAUCCUUUUGUGAGAACUAAUAUUAGCUUUUAGAUGUUUCUUUUAUAAACCGCAGACCAACUUUGACCUUUAAUAAGCACUGGUCAGUGCAGAAGCUUUUUAAAUAAAAUAAUGCAACACGACCAAAAACUGUCAUGACUGAACGCUAACAAUAAAAACACUACACGGUAAAGCAUUUUGAUUUCCAAAAACGGAGGAGAGGAGAAAAAACUACCCUUUCCAUCAUAAUGCUCAAGAACACUAAGCUCACAAAAAAGAGAAUGUUGACUUUUAGAUCCACAUUUUGUUCUAAGUUUAACCCUUUAAACAAACAAAAAAAACAAGACUGGUUGAUAGAAGUUAGUUUAAGACAUCACAUUAUGCAUUAUCAGAGUAUUUAUUUUGGGUUUAAAAACAAAUAUUUUGUAUACACAUAGGCCUACCUACCUACCUUCACUGCUUUGGGAACAAAUUUUAAAUUAUAUUUAAUCCAGUAUUACUAGCUGCUGUUGCAAACAUGAAGGACAACAAUCUGUAUUACAUUUAACCACAUUGAAGGAUUUUUAUUUUUUAUUUUUUUGUUAUUGGAAGAAUCACCCUCAUUGUUGGAAACAAAUGUUCUGUCAGGAUGAAGAGAUUGGUAUUCCAAUAAAUGUGAUUAUUUUAAUGCGGUGGUAGCGGGGAGAUAAUCUUGAUUCCAUUGGGAAUCUUAGGUUUACGUUAAUUUAUGAUUUUCAUAAAUUUUAAUGGAAAAAUAGCUUUUCCUGGACUGCUCAAGUUUCAUUUUGUAAACAAUACCUUUCUAACAAGAAAAAGAAGAAAGCAUGAAGGAGAAAUUUAAGUACUUACUUUGCCUCAAAUGACCAGCAUUGUAUUCACAACACUGUAUAUAUUGCAAAACUUUAUUUAAACCGAACAGUUGAACUGUUCCUUUUUUCAAUCUGAAGUUAAAACAACAAAACAUUCAAGACCUUUUAAGUUUUGCCUGCUCAUUUAUCUUGUACAUUUCAUCUCUGUAUUUGACUUAAAUCUAAUUUCUUUUGAGUUUCCAGACUUUUGUGAAAAUUUUGUGGAAAUAUAUAUAUAAAUAUAUAUAUAAAAUAAAUGUCUGAAACAAG